AUGGAGUCGGUCAGCUGCAUUAUCUGCCGAAGGCGGAAGAUCAAGUGCGACCGGCGACCCAUAACGUGUGCCAAUUGCGCCAAGUUUGGUGCCCCUUGCAGCUACCGCGAGGCUCCUUCCGCCUCUGCCACCGCGACUUCCGCUUCCGAACCGGGUCUCGGUGUUCAUCACAACCAACGUGGCGGCGCCCUCUCAUCCACAGCCACAACGACCCAGGCCGGCCUGCAGCGGCGACGGAUUCUGCGCUCGUGCACGGCAUGCAAGCGGGCCAAGGCCAAGUGCUCGGGCGGCACAUCGUGCGCGCGCUGCAUCCGGCGGGGCGUUGCCUGCGUGUACGAAGGCAGCCGGGCAGAUGCGUCUGUUUCAUCGACGACGACGACGACGACUCCCGCUGACCAGGUCCUACAACUGGCUCCGGCUCCAGCUCCGGCCGUUGCUCCAGAGAUUAUGUACCGAUCUGCGGCCAAUGACAGCAGCAUCGCAGGCGACCCGUCGGACACGUUUCCGUCGCCCGACUCGGCAGGCCUCGUUACGCCACUGCCAGUAACAGUUUCAUCAUCAACAUUGCCAUCACAGCCCUCGCAUCAUCCAGAAGGCGUCUCCGCCGUACCGGACUGGCUGCUUGCACCGGGACUGCCACCCAUGGACCGGCUGCGUGGCCUCCUUGCCACCUACUUUGCCCGCAUCUAUCCGCUGCGCUGCUUGGGGUUUCUGCAUAUGCCGACGUUCUUUGAGCGGCUGCGCGACCCGCAAUCGGUCUACGCCGACGAAUAUGGCCUGAUAAACGCCAUGUGUGCCUUGGCCGCGCCGUUCCACUGUGUCGACAGGGCCGGUGUGUCAACAGGAACAUCUCCAACGUCCGCGACGGCGCCCACCCGCUUCUACGAUGCUGGAAGCGGCUGGGCGGCGACGGCCAUGCAGCGCAUAUUCCACCACCUCGGCACGCCCGAUGUCGAGAGCUUGAUGACCGAAAUGCUCGUGCACGAAUAUUACCUGCGCAACGGCGAGUAUGCCAAAGCAUUUAUGCUGUCGGGCAUCGUCGCACGCCAUGUCCAGGUGCUGCAGCUGAACCUGGAGCACGACCACGACCUGCCGUCCCAGCAGCGAGCACGCAGCGCGGGUGGAGGCGGCGCCGAAACCAUAUCGUGGUCCAGCAAGGAGUGCCGGCGCCGGCUGGUGUGGUGCUGUUUCCUGCAGGACGCGUUCAUGGAGUGCGGCAUCGACCAGCUGCGCUUUGUCAACCCGGCCGACAUCCAGGUGCAGCUCCCCUGCACCGAGGAGCUGUUUGUACGCAACAAGCCCUGCGUGACCGAGAUGUUGACGCCCGGCCAGCUUCUGCCGUUUGUUGACCCGACCACAGCCGGUACCGCCGCCCACAAUCUGGACCUGCGCGCCUAUUAUAUUCGCGCCAUGGCUAUCCGCGCAAAAAUCCUCAAGUACGUCAAAAAUCUGCGUGGCGACGUGCCCUGGUCCCCGGACCCGCGCGUGAGCCGCUUCGCAAGCCUCGACCGCGAGCUGCGUGCCCUCGAGGCGUCUGUGCCCGACGAGUUGCGCAUGACACCGGAAAACACCUCCGUGUUCCGAUGGUCGGGCGGAUGGUCGGGGGCCAGCGGCUCGGGCCGCCUGGGGCUGUACUUUGGCUUGCAUAUUCUGCUGGCGCAGACGUUCAAUGACCUGUACCGCGUGGGCGUCGCCAACCUCGUGUUCCCGCACCACGCGACACAAUGGAUCCGCGCCCAUGCACCUCUCGACUUUUUGCUUCGCUGCCAUCGCAUGUGCAGCAGCAAGGCUGUUGUCAUUGCGACGCUACUCGAAGAGCUGUGGCAGACUAACCGGCUGAGUCUGGUGGAUACGCCAUACGCGAUGCACGCGCAGGUGUGUAGCAGCGUUCUGGUGAUGACCAUUAGCUCAUGGCAGGCGCUGCUGAGGAGCUCUCGGGGUCGACGAGGUGGUGUGGAUGACCGGGGCAGCUCGGCGGAUGGAUGCGACGGUGUCGAAGUCCCAGACGGCGCUGACAGUCUUGGAAACGGAAACGGAGAUUCAAAUGGCAGCAACGAUCCGCUGGUCGUCCCCGCCUUUCUCCCGGAACACCGCCGCCUUUUGCAGAGCAAUGUGACUGUCCUCGACUUUCUGCGGAGGUACAUCAAAGCCGAUCUGUACUACGAGUCGGCCAAACAGGCGCUCCGUCGGUUUGAGGAGCUCGAAGCUCGCGGCAGCAGAAGCACCAGCGGUGCGGAUGACACAGCAGGUACAGCAGCGACCAGUGCAGCAAAUGAAUCGUCGCAGUUCUCGCUCGAAUACAUCUUGAACCCACUUGGUGUCUAUCCUAUGGCGCGGAAACAGGCGCGGAACCGCCACGAGCCUGAAGCGAACGUGGCAGCCAGCGCGUCCAAGGCAGAUACGUCGACAAGUACGCAGCAUGCGCAGGAUGAAAAGAACACCAAGAUGGCACAAAAUACGCAACAGCAGCAUACACAAAAUUCACCAAACGUGCCAGGGUCCGACAAUGUACCUGGGAGCAUGAUGCCGUAUGCCUACCCACCGAGGCAACCCACGUAUGCCGGCAUGCCUCCGACGACGCUGCCGCCGGACCAGCAUGUUGUGCAGCAUGAGCAGGUGCAGCCAGCGCUGCCACCAUUGCCGGAGCAAGCAAUAGCGGGUGGGCUGGACACGGCCGAUGCCACCCAGUUUUCACUGUUCCAGAUGUGGGAUUGGGAGUCGGAGGUACCCGGCAUGGACAACAUGGGCUACCCGACAUUCCUCGACACGUUCCCGGUGGCUUCUCAUUAG